AUGACGAUCCCAGCCGAUCAAGUCCCAGACGGUUGGACGGGCGAUCCUGAUGAGCUUGAGUUUUAUCUCUUUCCACACUCAGUGGUGGACGAUAUCGCAAAAGCGCACGGACUGACAGAGCCCAAUCUGGUUAUUCACAGAAAGCCUGAAAGUGGAGAAAUGUGUCUCAUCCUUGAAUCGGGCAAUAAUUACUAUUGGGGUGAUUAUAUAUGUGACGACAUCUUUCUGAUCACGAAGCCCAAGACGUUGAAGGGGAUUUUACACACACUUGCCACGAAAGGGGAUGGAGCUUUUAAGACGAGGAAAGUGGAGCCAGUGGAAUUGGACGAGGAGGAAACCGAGAGGGGGAAUGUGCAGAAACAGUGUGAGGAUGUUGCCAUAUUCGUGCCAAUAGACUGA